GAUUUAUUUAUUUAUUUAUUUAGAGUUUGGCUUGAUUUAAGUUAAAUUCAUGAUUAAAUCUUACAAAUAAUAUGCUACCAAACACAGCCUAAAUCUUCAACAAAAACAUCCUUUCAACUACAAAAGAAAAACAAAGGCUUCCACGUGAAGUGGACCCUAACCUUAAUGCUCUUUUCAAGCACAGAUCAAGAAUCCAGAAACCAAUACUGAAAAUUCAGCCUAGGAGAAUAGAAUUCCAGCUUUCCCUGUGGAGACCAGAAGAACAGAAAAAAAGUUUUCUCGAUGGGUAUAUUCGAUAGAGAUGACAAAUUGAAGGCACUAACAUAAUGAGUUUAUGGUGCAGAAUAUGAACAGAUAUUUUGGUCUUGAAAUUCACUGAAUAAGUUGCAGCACAGAGUUCAUAGAUACCAAAAGCAACAUGGAAAAAAUCUCUUUUUGAAAUGCUAAGUAGAUUAGAUCGACACGGGUGCCUCCUUCCACAGAUUCCAGAUUCUCAGAACAGUGCCUUAUAAGGAGUGCCUGGGGAACAAACUCGCCACCAGGAUGAGAUUGAAGAAGCUCCUAAGCUCUUUUUGCCAGAAAGAAAUUCAGAUUGUUAGAAGAUCGGAAUUUGCAGUACAGUAAAUCAAAGAAAAUAUAGGUUUUGUGAAGCAGGAAGGAAGAGCCCAUCUAUGUGCAAUAAUUCACACAACUUUCUAAGUUUUUUUUUUUUUGGUUGAUGAACAGGAAAUGUAUCAUCUUGACCAAAGUGGCAACAGAGUCAUUUCGUACAGGACAUCAAAUCCUUCUAAAAGAAAUUUGUUUCUUGCCUCAGAAAAUUGUCCAGGAGACGCAGGAUUGGUUCUCUCAACUGACGCAAAGCCUAGACUAAAAUGGACUACGGAGCUGCAUGAGCGCUUUGUGGAAGCAGUGAAUCAACUUGGUGGACCUGAGAAGGCUACCCCAAAAACAGUGAUGAGAGUUAUGGAGGUCCCAGGACUCACUUUAUAUCACCUAAAAAGUCAUCUUCAGAAAUACAGACUCAGCAAGAAUCUCCAUGUUAUGUCUAAUGGCUGCGGGGCAAUGAGAAACGUGAUAGGUCAUUCCGUGGCACCGGACAAAACAUCAGAAGGUGAAACCAUAGUUAAUAAUAUGAAUGUAGGCUCCCACAGCAACACUGUGGUGAAGAUAAAUGAGGCGCUUCAGAUGCAAAUUGAGGUGCAGAAAAGGUUAAAUGAACAACUUGAGGUGCAACAACACUUGCAAGUGCGGAUGGAAGCACAGGGAAAAUACUUACAAUCAGUGUUGGAAAAGGCUGAAAUAACACUUGAAAACCAGAACUUGUGCCCUGUGGGCUCUGAAGCUGCUAAAGUGCAGAUCUCCGAACUUGCCUCAAACAUGAAGGAAAUUCCAGAUCCGCAUAACUUGAAAGUUAAUCCAAUCCAAUUUGCAGACUGCUCCAUCAAUAGCUGCUUGACCACAUCCGAAGGAUCUAAGAUGGACCGAGCAAUGCAUUGCACCAAUAUGAUCCUGAGAGCUUACCAUGGCAAUCUGUCACAAAGCAAAGCACAAACGGAGAAGAAUUCCAGACUUGAACAGAUCCAAUCCACCUCGUAUAGAGAGUUGAAGGGCCAGGAAAGAGACCCUGGUAUUUUAUCAAUGAGCAUCACUAAUCAAAAAGAUAAAGAUGAAGGAAACAACAUCAGCAAAGCACUCCAUAUGAGAAGGGAGAAAGAAGAUGAUUACCUUGAAGAACCAGGCCGUGGAAGAGCUCCAUUCCAACAAAAAAGCUCAGAGAAGUUCAGUGAUCAUGGAAUCGGAACACAAUUGGAUCUCAAUGUCCAGGAUGCCAAUAACCAUGCAGCUCCAGAUUACCGAGAAUUUGACCUGAACUGUUCCAGCUGGAGCUAAAACUUAGAUAGUCAGCAGUACUACUCCUAAUUAGAGGCUACUAAAUGUUCCCUCUAGUCUUGUUUAAUCUUCUAAGUAACAAAAAAGAACAAGUUUUAGUAUCUCGCAAUUAAAAGUCAUUAAUGUUGCUGGAAACCUAUGCAUGAAAAAGUGUAUUUUGAUGAUAAUUAAUAAAGGUAGUGUAAGCUAUGCAUGAAAAAGUGAGUUUUGAUGAUACAGAAGAACAACCCAACCUAU